AUGGCUCGUCGACAGCAUUUAACACCGACCUUUAUUCUGGUCCUUGGAGUCUUCUUUACCUUGUCCUAUCUCUUCUCCGGACCCUCGCGCAGUAUUCUUCCUAAAUACCAAAGCGAUGUUGAACUGCCCCUGAAAGAAGCCCCUCGAUCUGAGUUCGCUGCUGACCUCGGCGCUCUGCCUGCUGGUCUCCUCGAUGGCAACUCUAUUGCGCCUAAGCUCGAGAACGCGACGUUGAAGGCUGAACUUGGCCACGCGACGUGGAAGUUUCUCCAUACGAUGAUGGCACGAUUCCCCGAUAAGCCAACCAAGGACGAUCGAAUGGCCCUCGAGACCUUCAUGCACCUAUUCGCCCGACUCUAUCCUUGCGGCCAGUGUGCGGCGCAUUUCCAAAAGCUUCUCGCCCAGUAUCCGCCACAGACCAGCAGCCGCAACGCAGCGGCCGGAUGGCUGUGCUUCGCCCACAACAUUGUCAACGAGAGGGUACACAAGCCUCUCUUUGACUGCGAAAACAUUGGCGACUUUUACGACUGUGGCUGUGGUGACAAGGACAAGAAGGAGGGUGGUGCAGAAACCACAGCAGCUGCCCAGGCCGAGGGACCGGAUCAAGAGCUGCACAAGCAUUAA